UUUGUUGAGAGAAAGAAAGGGAAGCAUGUUCUUUUCUGUCCUUUCUUUCUCUCUCUGAUCAGACACUCUAAUAAUACAUUCAUAGAAGCAUCAUUUCAUAAACCCUCCUUUUCCUUUCUCUCUCUCAAAUUAUUACCACAAACACCAUCCUCACACUUCUCAAAUCAAAUUAUAGUAGCUGGAAAACCUGCACUUGCACCAUGUGUGUUUCAGUUUUACUGCCACAAACUACUGUUGCUUUUUGUUUUUUGACCCAACUCCAAAACAAGUUAAAAAGUUAAAAAGCUGAAGCCUUUUAGAGCCUACAUCAUUCAUUCAUUCCAUUCAGUGGUAGCUAGUUAGUGUUUUGCAAUGAUUCUAAUGAAGGAGAGUUUUAUUAUUGGAUCCUCCCAUAACUUCAGCAAAGUUAUCAAAUUGUCAAAAUCCAUGAGAAUGAGCAACCCAAGAAACGCAGAUUGAGAAGAAUAUAGAAAUCAUAGAAAGUAGAAAAGAAGAGAAAAAUGGUUAAUUUGUGAGAUGAUUUUCACGUGAGAGUUCUGCCAUAGUGUUCCAUGUCCGUGAACAAUAGUUUCCAGAAACCAAGAAGGCAACACUUCAACCACAUUAAGUGUCUCCAUUUUUAUGGAUCCUCAGAGAAAGAAGAGCUCUUUUACUUUCACUUUCACUUUCACCUCCACUUCCACAUUCACAGUGUUGUUCUUCUUUGAAGCUGAAGAUCUCAACUUUAGUGUAGUCAAUAGCUUGGGUUGAAGUGUUGAACUCACAUUUUGAAGCAACAAUGGUAGAUCUGACUGAAAGUCACACCAAACAGGAAACAAAGAAAAAUCAAAGAUCUCUUAUUUGGUCAGUGAACACUGUGCAUUAUUUAAGAAUUUGUCGAUAUUUAUUAUGAGGACCCAAAUCUGGUGAAAAAGAUCCAAACUUUGUGCUGUCCCAUUUUUCAUCCUCCAUUUCCCUUUUCAAAAGACACAAAAAGAGAAAGAUAUGGGAAGAAAAAGAACAAGAUCCUCUGUUUUCUACUCUGUUUUCUUUGUCUCUGUUCUCUGUUUUCUCUCUCAACUUGCAACCUCAGAGGACGAUUCCCAAGCGCUUUUGGCACUGAAAUCUUCCAUAGACGCACACAACAAGCUUCCAUGGCGACCUGGAAGCGAUGUCUGCACAUGGCAAGGUGUCAAAGACUGCUUCAAUGGAAGGGUAAGAAAGCUUGUUAUAGAAUACUCCAACCUCACCGGAACCUUAGAAUCGAAGAUCCUGAAUCGUUUGGAUCAGCUUCGAGUUCUAAGCUUCAAAGGGAACUCACUCUCUGGUCAAAUUCCACAACUUUCAAGCUUAGUCAACCUCAAAUCAAUUUUCCUCAACGACAACAACUUCUCCGGAGAGUUUCCGGCCUCUGUUUCCGACCUCCAUCGUGUAAAAGUCAUAGUUUUGUCAGGGAACAGAAUCUCCGGCGACAUUCCGGCGUCGUUGCUGAAUCUCCGGCGACUUUACAUGCUCUACUUGGAGGACAACUUGUUCACCGGGAAAAUCCCCGGGUUCAACCAAUCAAGUCUCAGGUACUUAAACGUUUCGAAUAACAAACUCUCCGGCGAGAUCCCGGCGACUCCGGCAUUGGUACGGUUCAAUGCUUCUUCGUUUUCCGGCAACACUAAUCUCUGCGGCGAUCAAGUCCACGUGCCAUGCAAAAGUAACAUCCUUUUGCCUCCUUCUAUGAGCCCAAGUUCCUCCAUGGUUCCAACAACAGCAAAGAAAAAAACAUCAUCGAACCGCACGAAACUAAUCAAGAUUAUUGGAGGAACCGUUGGUGGUGUUGUUUUGUUGCUCAUUAUUUUGGUUCUUGUCUUCUUCACCAUUUGUAGAAACCGUAGGAAGAGGGUAGGUGCUGGAGCUAGAAGGAAAGGAAAUGGGGUUGGAAGUGUGGAGGAAGUUGAAGAUGUUGGCGGCGGCGGAGGCGGCGGGGGCGGUGGCAGCAGUGGUAACAACGAAGGGAAACAAAGUGGUUUUGCAUGGGAAGGUGAGGGUCUAGGGAAGUUGGUGUUCUUAGGAGCAGGGGAUAAUAGGGAAAUGAGUUACACAUUAGAGGAUUUGCUUAAGGCUUCAGCUGAGACACUUGGGAGGGGCAUUAUGGGAAGUACAUAUAAGGCAGUUAUGGAAUCAGGGUUUAUUGUGACUGUUAAGAGGUUGAAGGAUGCUAGGUACCCUAAUUUGGAUGAGUUUAAGGCACAUAUUGAAGUUCUUGGUAGGCUUAGGCACCCUAAUUUGGUCCCACUUAGGGCUUAUUUUCAGGCUAAGGAGGAAAGGCUUCUUGUUUAUGAUUAUUUCCCUAAUGGCAGCCUCUUCUCUCUCAUUCAUGGAUCAAAAACAUCCGGUGGAGGAAAGCCUCUUCAUUGGACAUCCUGCCUCAAAAUCGCCGAAGAUCUUGCGACCGGCCUACUCUACAUCCACCAAAACCCCGGCUUAACUCAUGGAAACCUUAAAUCUUCUAAUGUCUUGUUGGGUUCGGACUUCGAAUCCUGUCUUACUGACUAUGGACUCACCAUGUUCCUUAACCCUGACUCAAUGGAUGAACCAAGUGCCACCUCUUUAUUCUACAGAGCACCCGAAUGCAGAAGCUUCCAGAGGUCUCACACGCAACCGGCCGAUGUAUACAGCUUCGGAGUCCUUCUCCUGGAACUCUUAACAGGAAAAACACCCUUCCAAGACCUUGUCCAAGAACACGGCUCGGAUAUACCAAGAUGGGUUAAAUCGGUUCGUGAGGAAGAGACAGAGUCCGGGGAUGAUCCUUCCUCGGGAAAUGAAGCAUCCGAAGAGAAGCUUCAAGCUCUCUUGAACAUUGCAAUGGCAUGUGUUUCGCUUGUGCCGGAGAACCGGCCGUCGAUGAGGGAAGUUCUGAAGAUGAUAAGAGACACAAGAGGGGAAGCUCAGGUAUCAUCAAAUAGUAGUGAUCAUUCCCCAGGUAGAUGGUCAGAUACAGUUCAAAGCUUUCCAAGGGAAGAACACUUGAGCAUAUGAUGUCAAAUUUUUCCUUUUUUAUUUUUAGGUAGGUGGUUAAUAAUAGUUUGAUUUAAACCUAUGCUUUUGAUGCUGAUUUUUCUCCUUGAAUUUAUUGGUUAUUGAUUUUCCAAUGCAUCAUUCUAGGUGAUAGAAAACUCCUGCUGUAAACACCUUGAUUCUUAAUCUUCUUGUUCUUUGUGAGUA